GCAGCUUAGUGCCACAUCAUGUGGGUCUCAUGUCCUAAGAUUUCAAGGGUUUCUCUGGGAUUCCUGGCAGGUUGUGUCUUGUCAGAGGGCAGAAGACACUGGGUUCUUCCAUCCACAGUGUGUAUCUUUUCCCUCUCAGCCAGACCAUUGGAACGUGUGUGCAUGUGGCAGCAGUUUGGCUCUGUAGACAGAGAACAGUGUAAGUUUUGCUACCAGUUUAAUGAAGCAUUUCAGGUUCUGGCUGAAAGAUAAGGUAAUGCAAUAGUGUUGUUACAAAUUGUUGUGCUUUAUUCUGAAAGUUAAACCUAACUAAGAUAGAACUCUUUUAACCUCUCCUAGUUAAAUCAGUGAAUUACAAAUAAAACAAAACAAAACAAAAGAAACAAAACAAAAAAAAAACCCAAAAACACCAAACCAAAACAAAAAAACCCAAACAACAAAACCUAGCAGUUACAGACUAGGAUAGUUCUUGGUUUUCUAGAAACAAAUCAUUGAGAUUUCCUUUCCGACAAUACUUCUGAAGUACAGAUAAAAUGGCUUCCUGUCCCAGGGUUUCCUGUAUCCAUGGCAACCUGACUUCAGGCACUUCUUUCUUAGUUUCCUGAGCAAACUGUUGGAAACCCUAGUGCAAAAAUGUGAAUGCUGUAGUAUUCAGCAACACUGCCUUUACAAAGGUUUCACAGAGGAGUGUAGUUGGUCAGCUUAUAGUCUAGCGGACUGCAAGCAGCAAAAUAACAGAAAUAAUGAACUUCAGAUUUGGGUGAAGUCAGAGAGGAGUAAGAAGGCCAAAGACAGGGAUAUGUGUGUUCUGCAAAGUUCUUCACCCUGCCCAGGAGCAUUCCUGUAUAUAUUUAAUUGUUUUCUUUUGUUGCUGCUCCAGAAGGAGGCUUUUGGCUGUCCAUCUGCUUGUCAGCUCUGCACAGGGAGACAAGUUAGCUGUCGUAAUGCAGGGCUUUCAAGCAUCCCUUGGAACCUUCCAAAAACAACAAUUAUUGUUUACCUCAGUGGAAAUAAUAUAUCACAUGUCACUCCAAAUCAUCUAAGAGGUUUUCUGAAGCUUGCUGCACUCUACAUGGAUAACUCCAGUAUUUUGUAUGUACACCCAAAAGCUUUUGUGGAACUCCCCAAAUUGUGCUACUUGCAUCUAAAUAGCAAUAAUAUUAAACGCCUGGAUCCAGGAAUCUUUGAAGGGCUUUCCAAUCUUCAUUGUUUAUACCUUCAGAAUAAUCAAAUAGCUUUUCUUCCCAGAGGAUUAUUUAGUGAUCUUCUUUCUGUUAGAUAUUUAACUCUUCAAAGAAAUUGUCUCAGUGUCCUUGGAAGUGGGACUUUCUGGGGAAUGAUAAGUCUCCAAACACUAAACCUGGCAAAUAAUAAGAUUUCACGGAUAUCAGAUGCAGCAUUUCAUCAUCUUGAAAAUCUCGCUUAUUUGUUUCUUGAAGGUAACAACUUACCACAUGUGCCAUCAAAUGCUAUUGGAAGGCUCAAAAAUCUUGAAAGACUUUCUUUGUCUCACAAUCCCAUUGGAUCAAUUCAGCCUUUUGCAUUUAAGGGACUUAAUAAGCUUAAAUACCUGUCUUUGAAAAAUGUCAAGCUAAAAUGUGUUGCUGUAAAUGGAUUUUUUGGGUUAAACAACCUUAGCCAGCUAAUCUUAAGUUAUAAUGAUUUAGAAAAUAUAAAUGCUAGCACUUUUACCUUAUUGAACAAUUUAAUGUAUCUACAGCUAGACAGAAAUAAAAUAGCCAGUAUUGGCAAUGGUACCUUUGAAAAAAUGGGGCAGUCACUUAAAGUACUCAAUUUAGCAUUUAAUAAAAUCACAGAGUUACAACCUGAAGUUCUCAAGCCCUUAGUAUCUUUAACUCAUCUGCAGGUACAUUCUAAUCCUUGGAACUGCAGCUGUAAAAUGCUUGCGUUACUGAAUUGGCUAGCAUCAUCUUCUGUUUCUGCAAAAAUUCACUGUCAGAAUCCCCAGAGUAUGCGUGGUAGACCUUUGCAUUAUAUGAAAUGGGCUUGGUUUUCAAACUGCAUUGGCCCCACUGCCAGCCCGGGCUCUGCCCCGAGUCUGGGAUCUGUCGGGAUGCAUCACUCUGCUACCACUCUGCUGAUGGCCUGGCAUAAAGGGAACAGGCGCAAUACAUUGGAACAGUUUGUCACUGCAGAAACGAAGUAUAUUGCUUUCUGGGAAGGAACUACAGCUACAUCUUCUACCCCAUUGCUUUAUCAGCAAUAUGCUGUUGAAGUGCCAUCACAGGCAGCAACAUUACCAGUGCAAAUAACAGCAGAAAUUAUACCUACUAAUAGAAAUGUAGAAGAAGAAUGGUUGUUUGCAACAGAUCCUGCUCCUGUGUCAUUAAAAACAACCCUGAUUUGUACACAACAGGUUAAAAAGCUGAAUCAAGCUUUUGAUAUUUUACUAGCCUUUUUCAUUCUGGCUUGUGCUGUUAUCCUGUUCUUAAUCUGUAAAAUUAUUCAGUUUAGGCAAAAACUAAAGGUGCUGGAAAACUCCGGGGAAAAGAGUAUAGAAUAUUAUGGCUUUUACCAGCCUGGCAGAUACAACAUAACUGACUCAGUGCAGUCUCUAACUCGGAAAUCCAUGGAACAUUCAGAACUGGACCAAAUAAGGCUGCUCAAGCGAACAGUAUCAGAAAGUCAGGCACAGGUCAUCUUGUUUGAACAUUCAUCAUUGUAAUUUAUCUCAUUUGGUUUGGUGUUAACUGUGAUAUGAAAGGUCAAGAAAUCAAGAACUUGAUUCCGUAAAAAUACCUCCACCAAUUAAAAUCAACUGCUUAAUAGAACUGUGGAAAAUGACUCAAUUCGGGUUCUGCAUCAACAUUUGCUUACUGAAUGUUUUGAAAUUUAUUGAUUAUUUCAUUAUAAGUAAUUUCAAUCUAACAUGGGUAAGUUUAUUAAACUAAGUCCCUGUUUGUUGUAAUCGUUCACCUAUUCUCAAGUAUACAUGCAGUAUAAAGUACAUUUUAAUUUAUUUUUCCAUACUUCAUGAUGUAAGUUCCUGUAGAAAUUCCGCAGCUAUUGUGAAGCAAGCAUUCUUAGUCAGAUCAUGAAGCCAAGAAAUCUUGGGGAAUCAGAAUACAGUGUUUCAUGUGUUUAUUGUAGUAGAGUUUCUACUCUUCCUCUAUUAAAUAAAGCACAGGGAAAAAAAGCACAUUUACAGUUAGCAUGUUCAAACUCUUAAGAGAAAAAUUUCAAACUAUACAAAUUCUAUGCAUACCUGUAGCGUAUUGUAAUAUACAAUUUGUAUGUUCAAUCUGUGUAAUAAAUAUAUUAAAGUGACUUUUUUAUUAGUGUGUAUCUGUAUAGUUUUAUGAAAUACCCCAAACUGGACUUGAGAAAAACAAAAUUGCUGUUGAAAUUUACCAAAGUGUAAUGACCAAAUUUAUUAUCUCUAAGGUAAUAGAGCUGGUUAAUAAAAGAUCAUAAUCUAUGUCACAGUACUAUAUAGUAAUAUUUUGAGGAACUUUUUAGCUAGAGAAGAGGUACAAAUUGAAGAAAUACACUACACUGUAAGUACAUAAUGCUAAAGGAAUGGCUGAAAGCAUUUACAUAUUUGGUUUAUAUUUGGAGGUGUCAGGUCAAGAUAUGUGUUUUUAGUUAAAACUUCAUCUUCAAAAUGGGGAUAUUUUCUUCUAUAGUUUGCAUAUAACUGUUUAUUUCUAUUUCAAAUGUUGGUGUUCUGUUGUUGUCAGGUUAUGUCUCAUAUGCUGUAGCUUUAUUUUCAACCUGAAUUUCUGUGAUUUUUGUUUUUCUGUUACUUCAAUAAUUCAAACUUUAUUCUGGAAUUAAAUGUCAUGAAACUA